UCUGGGUCCCUGGAGGCCCUGAUGGAGCACCUGGUCCCCAGGGUGGACUAUUACCCUGACAUCCGGGGACAGGGAGGAGCAGAGCUGGAGAGCAGGUGGUUCAACAACCCAGAUCCUCCCUCUUCGCCUCAAGAUGGCCUCACACAUACAUUCUCAAAACAGAAAGCGUUCCCUUGUCAAGUGGGACUUCCCCUUCUCUGACCGGUGACAUCUCUUAGCAACACUGGCCUUGCAGCCUGCCUGCCCCCCUCUGUGAGCUGAGCAUCCUUCCUCUGGGAGGCCUCCGCUGUGCUUCCUCUCUCCCUCCAGAGGGCAGUUGUGCUGCUGGCCCUGGGAGUCAGCUUGGCUUCCCCACCUGCGGGGCCACCUCCACUAGCCCAGGGUUGGGAGGGCUUGGCUUUGCACGGUCCCGUCCUCCAUCCAUCCGCCCGUCCACCCCGUAAACCCUGUCAGGCUGGGCGGGGGCUGCGCGCGCGAGCACACACGCCCACUGAGUGCCUGGGCGCCGCGCCAAGGGCUGGGCCCAAGGCCCGGGAAGGCGGCCUGGGGGAGGGGCUGGCCCUCCCAGCAGCCUGCCCCAGAGGAGUCCUGUGGAGUCCCAGAACAGUGCCUCGGGAUCCUGACCUGCUUCCCAGGAGAGAACAGAGGGUGGCGGGGCAGGAUUGUCCGGGUGGGCACUGGCUCUUCUGCUGAGCCCCUGGGUCCUCUCUUUCCCCCACCCCGCCCUUCCCUCAUUGCCACCACCCUGCAUGCAUGGGCAAGCAGACACGUGCUGGCGCGCGCCCGUGCGCACACGCGCACACCAGUCAGUCUCCAUGCUCCUCGGAGGUGCGCGGGCUUCCCCUUUGGGUGCCCCUGCCUUUGGCUGAGAGCUCGGUGGUGGGCCUUCCCUCCACAUCUAAGCUGUUUGCUUAGAAGGGGGACCCUGAGAGUCCCACCUGCCGGCUGGGACCGCCGAGUGCCAGUGCUGCACAGCCUGGGGAGGUCACGGGGAGUCUGUGGGAGGUUAGAGCAGCCCUGAUGCUGCAGGGUGGGCUGCGUGGGGCCCAAGGCCCCCGAGUCCUGCUCCAGGAGGCUGCGUUCCCACCGAGCGCGGCCGGCCUGCUUCCAGCUGGAGCAAGGAAAACCUGGUUCCUCCGGCUGGGAGUAGGGGCAGAGUCCUGGCCGCCCAGCGCACAGCAGCUAUGUGCGGCAGAGUGAGGUCCGGACCUAACAGCGCCCCCACCCGCAAGUCCCCCCUGUUCACAGGCAGGGCAGUGUGAAGAGCCCGUAGGCAGACAGCCGUGACCCCCACGGCCUUUCAGUCCAGACUGUCAAGAUCCCGGAGAGGGGGCACGUGGACAUGAGGACGUACAUCUUCACGUUUCUCCUGAGCUCCCGAGUCUUCGUGCCCCCGCGCGACCUGCUGGCCCGUGUGGGGCAGAUCUACCUGGAGCAACGGCAGCAGCUGGAGGAUGAGCCUGAAAAGGCCAAGCUGAAGUCCUUCUCAGCCAAGAUCGUGCAGCUUCUGCAGGAGUGGACGGAGGCUUUCCCGUAUGACUUCCAGGACGAGAAGGCCAUGGCCGAGCUGAAGGCCAUCACACACCGCGUCACCCAGUGUGACGAGGAGAAUGGCACGGUGAAGAAGGCCAUUGCCCAGAUGACACAGAGCCUGUUGCUGUCCCUGGCCGCCCGGAGCCAGUUCCAGGAACUGCGAGAGAAGCUUCGGCCACCAGCUGUGGACAAAGGGUCCGUCCUCAAGACCAAGCCACCAGCCGCCCAGAAGGACAUUCUGGGUGUGUGCUGCGACCCCCUGGUGCUGGCCCAGCAGCUGACUCACAUUGAGCUGGACAGGGUCAGCAGCAUCCAUCCUGAGGACCUGAUGCAGAUCAUCAGCCAUGUGGACUCCUUAGACAACCACAGGGGUCCUCCAGGCUUCCUGAGACCUGCUGUGUCCUCACAGUGCCGAGGGGACCUGACCAAGACCUAUAGCCUGGAGGCCUACGACAACUGGUUCAACUGCCUGAGCAUGCUGGUGGCCACAGAGGUGUGCCGGGUGGUGAAGAAGAAGCACCGGACCCGCAUGUUGGAGUUCUUCAUCGACGUGGCCCGGGAGUGCUUCAACAUGGGGAAUUUCAACUCCAUGAUGGCCAUCAUCUCUGGCAUGAACCUCAGUCCCGUGGCACGGCUGAAGAAAACCUGGUCCAAAGUCAAGACGGCCAAGUUCGACGUCUUGGAGCACCACAUGGACCCUUCCAGCAACUUCUGCAACUACCGCACGGCCCUGCAGGGCGCCACGCAGAGGUCCCAGAUGGCCAACAGCAGCCGAGAGAAGAUCGUCAUCCCUGUGUUCAACCUCUUCGUUAAGGACAUCUACUUCCUGCACAAAAUCCACACCAACCACCUGCCCAAUGGGCACAUUAACUUCAAGAAAUUUUGGGAGAUCUCCAGACAGAUCCAUGAGUUCAUGACAUGGACACAGGUAGAGUGUCCCUUCGAGAAGGACAAGAAGAUUCAGAAUUACCUGCUCACGGCGCCCAUCUACAGUGAGGAAGCUCUCUUCAUCGCCUCCUUUGAAAGUGAAGGUCCCGAGAACCACAUGGAAAAGGACAGCUGGAAGACCCUCAGGACCACCCUCCUUAAUAGAGCCUGAGGCGCGACACGGCUGCGGAGCGGAUGGAGCACGCGUGCACACCAGGUGUGAACCUUGAUUGACACGGCUGAGCUGAGGUGGCCUCACUGGUUGGGGUCUGUUUUGUAUAUAACUUUUAUGAGAAAAAAGUGGUAAUUAUUUCAUGCAUCAACCUUUGGCACUUACAAAGUUUUUUGUUUGUUUUAAAUAGCAGGGCAGGCCCUGCUUGGGGAGGGUGGGGAGAGCAUCAUUGGAGAUGGCAUCCACGACAGCGUCUUACUCUGACGAAAUGGAGAUUUUUAUUUUCUACUUUUGACUAUUAACAUCUUACAAAAACAAUUUUUAAAAACCCAACCAAAACCAACUCGAGCCCUGCCUGCUCGGACGCCUCUGCAGCCAGUGUCUCUGACGGGUUAGUGCCUUAGAGGGUACUGGGGCUGUCUUCCUGCUCCGUGCAGGUGCCGCCCUCCCGAGCCCCGGCCUGGAGGCUCCUGCGGGGCAGUGGCCCGGAGGUCUCAUCUGCACACUUCUGGAAGCCCUUUGAGUAUGGGCUUUCCAAAGUUUACAUUUUCAUUUUCCUUUGUCAGGGAUUUGUGGGGUCAGGGAGGGGCAAGGGCACCUGGCAGUAUAUUUUCUGUGAGCAAGUGUCUGGCAGGUCAUUCUUUAGUUACAUUUAGAAAAGAAGAAAUCUAAAAUGUAAGGGAGGGAGUUGUGGAGUCAUCAGUUUGAAAGUCAAUGAGCUUUGAUGAAGAGAAUGCACAGCAAGCUGUGGGACAGUGACAUGUAGAGCUGCUCUUGAAGCCCAUGCACAGAGGGAGGGAAGCAGCUUGAGAGGUGGUGUGCUAGUGGACUGCCCCUCCCCAGAUUGGAAUCUGAGACACAGAAUCCGCCACGCCAGAACUCUGGAGCCCGUGCAGACAGAACUGCCCCACACUGGGAGGUUUUUCUCUGCGCCCAGCCUCGAGGAGCGCACCCCUUUUCCAUGCCGACCUCCUGGCGUUUGCCCUGGGCCUUACUGACCGUGGGGCGGGACGGCUCUCCCUCAGAAAGCCAGAGGCAGGCUGUCUCCCUGUGGGAGCUCAGUACCCUUGUCUGUCUCCGCAUGCCAGGUCCCGCCUCCCAGAGCUGCAGGGAGAGCCUGGAGACGGGCAGGCUGCCCUGGGGAGGAGUUGGCCUUGGGCAAGAGCAAGAAUAGUUACACUGUAUUGUCACAGUGUGUUUGCACUUUCCCACAUCCUACCUAGUACAGAUUGUGUAUGGAUAGUACAUAUUGCUUUGUUUGUCUUUGAGACAAAGGCUUAAAACUUGAGAAUAUAUAUUUGGAAUAUAGUGUUAGAACGUUUUCUGUACAUGUGUUAAAGGGCCUUCACACCCACGUGCACUUCACAGGUGGUAAGUUCUAGUACCUACUUGAAACAGUGUCUACGUCUGCUACUUUAUUUUCCUAAUUUGAUACAUACCCUAAAUUUGAUGUUUUGGUAUUUUGAGAUGAACUCCGAUUAUAAAGCUGUACCAUAAUGCAGGAUGUCAGCUUUGGUGUGACUGGACAUACUUGCAUCAAUAAAAGAACACAUCGCUCCCCUG